UCCACCUGACAGGUCCCUUCCCCCUACCGCCAACUGGAUUUUCGAAGUUUCUGAACACCCCAUGGUGAAUUAAUGUAGAUCUUGGGGCCUCAAGUACUAAAGCAGGCAGCGUAUCAAUAAAAGUGAAGUAUUAGUUUGUUAUUACUGUGCUAGUUCUUAUGUUAUCAAUACAAUAAAAUCGAUUUUAUGUCCGAUUUUCACGGUGCACCCAGUGUCAUGAGACGAGCUUAUGUAACAUAUUUGCCCAAAAAUUACUAAUCGGUCAGUGGUAGCGAUUGUUUACUCCAAAUUAAGGUAAAAUAGAAAAGCCAAAUCGAAGAUGUUACGACGCUGCUCAAAACAUCUCCAGACCAUAUACCGGAGGCAGGGCUUCCGGUUCCGGUCCUCAGAGGUGCCCAAGAUCUGCGGGGUCUACUCGGCGAACCACCUCGUCAGGCCCAGAGUCCUGGUUCGCAACCAGGUGGCAUCGAUACAUAUCACGAAUGCACUUUAUGCCGAACAGGAUGUCAUGACACCGAGUUUUCCGGAUUCCGUCUCAGAAGGUGAUGUCAAAUUAGACAAGAAGGUUGGUGAUGCAGUCGCCGCUGAUGAAGUUGUCCUCGAAAUCGAAACCGACAAGACAGCAAUCCCCGUCAUGGCACCGGACAAUGGGAUCAUCAAGGAGUUGUACGUAAAAGAUGGUGAGACGGUCAAAGCUGGACAGAAGCUGUUCAGAUUAGAAAUCACCGGAGCUGCACCGAAGAAAGCAGCGGCUGCACCUCCACCAGAACCGCCUAAAGCUGAAGCGCCUCCACCACCAGCUGCCGCUGCCCCACCACCGCCGCCACCACCACCAGUGGCACCACCAACACCCCAAGCACCACCCGCACCAGCUCCAGCACCACCGAAGGCUGCACCAGUCUCAUCUAUACCAGUCGCAGCCAUCCGUCAUGCACAGGCCAUAGAAACAGCGUCAGUGCGAGUCCCACCAUCAGAUUACAGCAAGGAAAUAGUUGGCACUCGCAGCGAGCAGCGUGUCAAAAUGAACCGUAUGAGACAACGUAUCGCUGAAAGACUCAAGCAAGCACAGGACACUAAUGCCUUGCUAACAACAUUCAACGAGAUAGACAUGUCCCACAUCAUGGCUUUCAGGAAGAAGUAUUUGGAUGCGUUCACUAAAAAGCACGGUGUCAAACUUGGUUUGAUGUCACCGUUCGUUAAAGCUUCGGCUAAUGCUUUGAUGGACCAACCCGUAGUCAACGCUGUUAUAGAUGGCACGGAAAUAAUCUACCGAGACUAUGUGGAUAUAUCCGUUGCAGUGGCCACACCAAAAGGCUUAGUCGUCCCAGUUGUUAGAAACGUUCAGACUAUGACAUAUUCAGAUAUAGAGUUAACGGUUGCCGAUUUAGCUGAAAAGGCACGGAAAGGAAAGCUAACAAUUGAAGAAAUGGACGGUGGUACGUUCACUAUAAGCAAUGGUGGUGUCUUUGGAUCAUUGAUGGGCACACCAAUUGUCAACCCUCCGCAAUCAGCUAUCCUCGGGAUGCAUGGAAUCUUUGAAAGACCUAUUGCGUUGAACGGCCAAGUGGUUAUCAGACCAAUGAUGUACAUAGCUCUUACUUAUGACCACAGACUAAUUGAUGGACGUGAAGCGGUGAUGUUCCUUAGGAAAAUCAAGGAGGGUGUCGAAGACCCAGCUACCAUAAUCGCAGGGUUGUAGAGUACUAUGUUGACCCUUCAGCAGAAAUUCGAAAUUGUAACCUUAGUUACCAUUCGCUUAUAAGUAAAUUAAACUUGAUAUAAUAGUGGGUUUUGUAAGUUGACAAUUAUGGUUUAAAUGUGUUUUGAGACGUCAACAAAAUGUCAAAAGUAGUCUUCGUUGAAUGACAAUUACAAGUGAUAGUGUAUACGCCGACUGCUUUAUGCUGUGACAUCUGAUUAGGGUCCAAAUGUGUUUUGUGAGAUGUCAAUUCAAUUUAUGAUAUAGCUUUUAUCUGUGGUACUUUGCCAACGUCUUGUAGAUGGUGAAGGCACGAAUGACAUAGAUAAUCAAAAUUGAUUUUGACUCGUCCCUCUCUUUACGUAUCAUAAAAAAAUGGAGCUUAGAAAGCAGUUAAAAAUAAAUUGCAAUAUUGCCUACUAGAUGGUGCUUUCAGUCAUUAAAAUUGCUAAAAAAAUCUUGAACCUAAACCUUGAUACAAAGAGAUGCCUACUCCAUGCGUGACCUUUAUCUGAUCUGAGUGGUCAUGCGUUCAAAUUAAUAGACCAGUCUGAAUACAAAAUUUUAUGAUAACAUACUAAUGUAAAAAGUAUGUUUGUUUAUUUGUUUUUUUUUUAUUACUUAUCUAAGGCUAAUCACGUGAUCGAAAAUUUGUUAAGCUUUUUAUCGUGUAAAUGCACUUAAAAACUUUCGCCGGGAUUGAAAUAAAUAUCCUUCGAUACCUAUUUACUUACAGAAGUUUUUCUUAACAAAAUAUUGCAUAAAUAUAACUUGCAUCUUAGAGAUGUAUGUAGGAUACUUUAAAGCAUAAAAAAAACUUAUAAUGCAAGAAAAAUUAAACAGAAAAUAAUUCAAUAGCUUUUUAAUUCAAUUUUAGAGUGCCGGUUUUAUUGACGUGUAGUGGGGCGCUUAUACACUAAGUGUCAACUUACGAAACGCCACAUGUACAUCGCAUUUUGAGAUUCGUUUUAAAUCUGAUAUAUAAACUGGAGGGUAUUAAAACAACGUUUUGUAAUCAUGUAAAUUAUUAUUUACGUCUAAUUAUUACAUUAAAAUAGUAGAUACUACUUUAUUUAUGGAAGGA